GGACGAGCGCUGUCCCGGCCCCCGCCGGGUCCGGCCUGCCUGCUAGGCCACCCACCGCGAUGGGCGUCGUCCUUCACCCAGCCGGGCCCGACGGAGAGUGACCCCAACGAGGGACAGGUUUUCCUUAGCGAGAGCUGCGUGAAGGUAGGGGUCCCGGGAGACAGCUCGGAAGGCUCAGAGUUUCUUAGGCUGCAGGUGGAAGGAGGUGGCUGCUCUGGAUUCCAAUACAAGUUUUCCUUGGACACAGUUAUCAAUCCUGAUGACAGGGUGUUUGAGCAAGGUGGUGCCCGCGUGGUCGUGGAUGUGGACAGCCUGGCCUUCGUGAAAGGUUCCAUGGUGGACUUCAGCCAGGAGCUGAUUCGCAGCUCCUUCCAGGUGGUGAGCAACCCCCAGGCAGAGAAGGGUUGCUCAUGUGGGACUUCCUUCUCUGUCAAAUUCUGA